CGUAGGAGUGUUAGUCAUGGAGAGUGGGCAGUAAUGUUUUGUCAACAGAGCCGGUCUAACUGUGACGUGUGUACCUGUGCUGUUCUCUGACCAUGAAAACAAGCCGAGGAAGUGAUGAACUCGCACCAGCUGAACGAUAGACUGACCCUCGAGUUCCGGAGAUUGGAGAUUGGGACCGAUGUUUGAAUAAUGGUUAAUCUUGUCAUCGUUUUAUGUGAAACUGAUAUUUGUAACAAAGAACUAAUGUUGAUAUGGAACCUGGUUGACAUCCUGUUACAGUGGAUCUAGGACCUGUACAGGUCAAUAUGACUCUUGUUUACAAAAGUAUAGAAAUAUUGUUUACAGAAAAUAACAGAGAAGGAAAAUUGAUAUAUACAUUUUGUGUUGUGUGACAAGCACAUGAAUACAUGGAGAUCAGAUGUUUAUUGACAGUACAACUGACAGAGAAAUUAACAAUGUGAAAAAUGUUUUGGAAAUUGAAAAAAAAAUAGUGGAAAAAAAUACCCCAGGAUCAGAUUUUGACUUUCUGCCUGUAUGGAUGUUUUUAACCAAGGAUAAAAAUAUUGGUGUUAGAACAAGGAAGCUCAUGUAGAUGAUUAUCACUUUCAAUGAUAUUUCCCUGUGGAAAUCAAAUAUAUAUGGUAAAGUGUGGCUGAUGAUGUCAGGGCAUGACCAUUAAGGAAAGGAGAUUUUGAAUUAUUCAAUACCAGACUCAGUUCUACUCUUGAUGUGUUGGCCAGAACCCUGGUUGUCAAGUGAAUACAGCUCAUCAAAUCUUUAGAGCUGAUUGGUCAGGGUGUCUGGACACUGGACAGCACAUGUAACCUUGGACUGAUUGACAGAGCAAGUCCCUAAGCCCAUUAACACAGAUAUACAGUAAGAUAGCCUGCCAAAUGAUUACUCUUGAUCCCAAGUGAAUUAGCACAGGGCCAAGUAUAAUCCUGGUAUGGAAACCAGAGUACCGACAUGUGUCUUCAAUUAGCAGUUAUCUGAAACUUUUAUGAGAUAAUUUUAUUAUUAAUUAUACCUCAACACACAUAUAUAUAAUCAAUUUAAACAGUUUCUGUGUCAAAGGAGCAGACGUAAUUCUAUAGAUAUAUGUGAGUAAUAAACACAAGUUACUUAAGAGUGAUAACACUUGUGACCAGAGUAUCAUUGGAUACAUGUACAAAGUGCUGUGAUUGGCUGGUAUUACAACAGGGACAUCAUCACAGGGAAUAUUACACCAGUCAGCCAAGAGAUUUUCUCAGAGAACAUUUGAUUCACAAUCCUCACAGCAGACAUUUAUAUAUAUAUCAACAAGCAUGUGUUCACAAAAUGCCAUCUGGCUGGGUUUCCCCCUGUGUGUAGACAGCUACACAAGAAAGCUUGCAUUGAUUUGAGUCUGACUGACUGCACAUGUACAACACAGUGCUCGUCUCACCCAAGCCAUAUGGUACUAUAUUAUACUUUGUAAAUCUGGAAACAGGACUCUAUAAAGAUUUGAUGACUGAAAGUCUUCAUACAGGUAAAAGUGGACUUGUGGUUAAAUGAGAGGAUUGUCUUUCGUACCUUUACACUAGACAUACCAGUAAUUGGAUGUUAUUAUGUGACGUGGAGAACCUAUAAACACUAUUGAUAUUAUUGAGUAUUUCCACACAGACUUAUUGUACUGGAUCGUUGUCAGCGUGGAAUUAUGAUGUAGUGUGACCAGGGUACUGUCGAUAUAUUACCAUUAACGGGAUGUAUUUACUGACGUAAUAUUAGUUUGUGGUACGAUUCAUAUAUAGACAUAGUCAGUGUGCUCAUCAAUUAAAUACCUAAUUAAAGUGUCAGUUUAUAUAUGUGUGUUGAGACUGGUACUGAUAACCAAAUGUUCGGUGGUGUUCAGUGGUAUAAUCGUGAUUUGGUUCACAUGUUCACCUUGAUAACAGUUUUAUUUACCCUGGCAGCACUUAGGAAAAGUUAUUUUUAGACUUUUCUACCUUCUUAUAAAGCUAGUGCUUUACAGAGGUUGUGUAAAUAAGAACAACUUCAAAGAAAGAGGAACUGUUAUUUCUUUUUGGUGAGCUGCAGAUUUUUGUACCAGCGUUUUACCUGGAGAGGAGAGAAUGUGUAUUGGGGUGGUUUAGGCGUAAGGUCAGAGUUCAUGGUAUCAGGUUGGAGUGUACCUACCGGUGUGUAACAACAUUAGUGGGUAUUUGUUGAGGAGCAGUUUGCUGGCAGUGUUGUCCCAUCCUCCUGCCAGCGUGCCUGUGUGGCUCUACUCUAUUCACUAACUGAAUUGAUGAAAAGUGGAUGUAUAUUAGAGGCCUAACACAAAUUUGUGUAUGUUAGGAUGUGAACAUAGAGUGAUCUCAUCCCUAUUAUAUUAUAGUAUAGCGAGGUAUGGAAGAUAGUCGAAAGCGGUCUGGUAUAUCGUAUAGCCGCCUUCGACAUCAACGCUCCUCUAGUCCAUCAGCCAAAGUAAGCACCAGGUCCCGUAGAUCUCACAGGAAUACUGCUGCCAAUCGGAUCUGUAACCAAAGCAUAUUUGAUCUUCAGUACUGUGAUAUACAGAGGGAUUCAUCACCACAUAGUCAUCUCAAAUAUGGAUUCGUCGAUGAGGAAGAUUUUGAGGAUUUUAAACAGGAUUUGAAAAAUUUCAGUCAUCUGAAGGAGGAGUUAUUUGAGGACUUUAGCCUGUUUAAAGGUGAUUCUAAGCCCAAACUUCUCACAACGGCAGAGGCUCGCAAAAGUAGCCAUCUACCUGCCGAUCCACUCAUGGAGUUCCUCAACAGUGAUGAGCACUUCCAGGAGUUUGAAAGAGUGUUUGAAACGUUUAAAAGUAAUAAGUUUUCUGAUAGUCUGGACAAGCUUCGGUGGUCAUUAAACAGGUAUGGCGAUGAGGACGAAGAAGAGGAGGAACCAGAUCACGAGGAAAUUGAUGAUAAGUGUGAUGUGUUUGAAGAUGAAUUAGAUGAUUCUCAAAUUGAGGAUUCUUUUACGGAUUUCUUUGACCAUGAUGAAGAUUUCAUGGCAUUCGAACGUGAAUUUCAAAAUCUUAAAAAAGUGAAACGACGUUCUAAGGUGCUACAACGAAUAAAUCGUAAUUCAGGCUGUGAUAUAGUUCAGGAGUUAAAGGCGUUCUGUGAUAAUGACCCCUCCCUCAAAUAUGAUGUUAAUCCCGGGGAGGAAAGGGUGUGGAACUCGGGUGGGGAGUGGGAUUAUAUAUUCAAUAAAUUAAAAAGUGACAAUCAGGUGUCGUUGCCGCCAAGUGCGUCGGGAAGUUUACGCACAUGCACCAGUAUUAAGGAGGACAGUGUAGCUGACUUUGAUACAGGAUUUUACUCUAGUGCUAAAAAUCAAGACCUCAAUACUUGCUCAACGCUUACAGAUUUGCCAAAUUUAGAAAACAAUUAUGUCCUGUUGAUGGAGUAUCUGACAAACGAUUUGAUUGAGUCAGCUAAAUUUGCUAUGCAGCUUGUAGUAGAAGCUAUUGCCAGUUUACGUGUCACCAGAAGUGCGGUCCCCUGGUUAGACUCGGAUGUAAAGCAUCACCCUGUAGAUGAAGGACUACCCCCUGACCCCCUUUCCGUGGAAACAUCUCUCACAGACCCACCAGACCAACAGACCACAGCUGAUACAGGGUCAGAGGCUACUAAUGAAAAAGAUGAAACAGACAGUGGGUACAGGUCGGGCACAAUACCUGAUGAGAAGUUGCCACGGAAACCAAGUCAGGCGACCCUUAACCGAGAGGAACUUAAACGCAAGAUUGAAGAGUACAAUAGUGUCUUUCCUGCUGCUAACGUAGCACUGAAGGAAGAGAAAGGAGAAGCAUUCCAAGGAUUUAUCAAAGUUGUGUUGAAUCUAAUAAGACCAAUCUGCAUGUCCCUCGGUGCACGCCCUCCGUCCAUCUAUGAAAUGCUCACCAAGGAACACAUCGUGGAACAAAAUACGCUCACAGUGUCUUUCUACAUGCCAAGGGACACAUGCAAGUCUAUACACAUCACAAGUGAUACAACAGCCACAGAUGUGAUUUCGAUGUUAUUAAAGAAGUUCCACAUCCUUGACCAUCCCAGAAAGUUUGCCUUGUACGAGCAGGAACACAGCCCGAAGGGUAAAAUAGUGAAACUGCGGAGACUACCUGGCAAUGAGAACCUUUUGUCCACUUGUGUCCACUGGGAAAAGGAAAGACUCUUGUGUACAAGGCUGGUCCUACAGGAGAACGAAACAGGAGAAAUUGUGUGGGAGAACUUUAGUAAACCAGAGCUGGAGAAUUUCCUGUUGGUGCUGGACAGAGAGGAAAAUGAAUAUAUUUCACAACUCCAGUACAAAUACUGUGUGAUGAAGAAAAUAAUUCAUCAACGCUUUAAGGAGCUACGCAAGGAACGCAGGCAGUCUGCAUUACUGGAGAAACAAGCGAGCACACAGUCCUGAUAGUCUGAGAUAUCUACGGAUGUCUCAGUAUCUCGUAAACACACUCAGAAAAUUUCCUGGGAUUCAUCAGGAAAUCCAGUUAUAAUCCUUAUUUUGCUAGAUGUAAUAUCUUGUCAAGAUUAGUGAAGAAUUCAGUGAUUUCCAGGAUUUUUCGGAGCUAAAUAUUUGUUCUGUGAUGGUUGUGUAAACAUUUAUCAUGGUGCUGUGGUGAUUGGGCUGGCCGGGCGACCAAUUGUGAGACCUCAUGAACUUUUGCUGUGACAAAUCCAGAGUGAUUUGUAGACGAUACGACUGGUGACCCUACAGUCCUCUGGCGGAUCAUUUACUCUACACAAUGAGGUCUCCAGAAGCAUUGGACAAUCGCCCACUUGUGAGCAGCAGCCUCCUCCAGGAGAGGCUCAAAUUGAUGCUCACUUCAAGGAAGUAGAGGCUCAAAUAGAUGCUCACUUCAAGGAAGUAGAGGCUCAAAUUGAUGCUCACUUCAAGGAAGAAGAGGCUCAAAUUGACGCUCACUUCAAGGAAUUAUCCGCAAGACUUGUGACUUGGUCGUUCUGAUGUGCCUUCGACACAGGAUGUCUUUGAGACACGUAAUGGUCUUAUUCCAAAUAGACUCUGCAGUCUUAAUGAUAGACAUGUCUUAAGAUAUGCAAUGUUGUCUAACAAAGUACAGACUUAUCUUGGAGACAUACAAUUGUCUGAUGACUUAUUUGUGGGACAAGUUCCAAGGAGAUAGAAUCAAGGUGUCAUUGGUCCAAUAGAAUGGCAAGACAGUCAUUCUACGCAUUUGGGUACAACAGUUUCAUUGGUGUCUCUUUUCAUAGAGACCAUUGCCCAAGAAACAGUUGUCAUGACAACAAAUCUUUGUCACAAAGACACUUGUCAGGACCACAGAUUAUGACACAGAAGUAUACUAUCCCAAUAGAUAUUGUGGUUUGACUAUUUUCCCACUCCCAACACUAAUCACCUUGAUCAGGGUUAGUCACGCUCUUGUAAGAACUGAUGUAGUGUGUAAUGUAAAUUAAUAAACAAACACCCUGUUGAUGAUGAUGUUUAUGACGUCCUAUAGCUACUAUUCGGUAGUACCUAAUAAUUGUACAUACUACUUUAGUUUAGUACAUAUAUGGUAGGACUAAGGUUUUGAUGGGUACAGGAAAUGUAUCAGUGUUUUAUGAAUCUGUAUCAGUAAGCUUGUAUUGAGGCUACACGGAGGGUAUUUACAGCACCGAUAUCUGUACCAUUACGGUACAUAAUGUGUUUGUUCUGGGAAACUUAAAGGACUUCAUGUUCUCACCUAUCCUGUAAUUAUUGACCGUAUGUAGAAUUUAUCAAUACGUUAUACUACAGGGGCUUGGACGUGUUCCUAUGACCUUGAAUGAAAUAGUUAACCCCAGGGUUCGACUCUCAGAUCACUUAUAAAACAUACAACUUUAUGUGAUCUGGGAGUUGGACUCUGGGGUUAAAUAUCUCAUUCUGGAUGAUAGAAUCAUGUCAAACCCCUGUGCAUUAUAUAUAAGGAUCUGCAGCUUUACUAUUUGCAAACUAGUCAUUUACUUUAUUGUUGGAUCACAACUGGUAAAAGUUCUCAUUGAAAUUAAAAAAAAAUAUUGGGGAAAAAAAGUAACAAAAUAUUAAAAAAUGGUUAAAAUAUUUAUAUAUGUGCAUGUUUUGUUGUUGCGGUUUAUUAAUUAAAAUGCUGGGACAUUGUUUUCAUUGUACAUUGUAAAUAAUGCACAAAACAAGACACUAUCUAUGUAAUUAUACAGAUUGUAAUAAAGCUGUAUGUCUACAGAUCCCAUUCUAUACCAAUGAGAAAUUAAUCCCAUGUACUCCAUACCUUCUGGUCUCAUCUUUCCAGCUCAUCUUAUCUCCCUAUUAUACUUCCUCACCUCAUGCCAACCAUGUUGAAUGGUACCUGAACAGCAUGUGUGAAUGUUAUCUCUCCAGUAACUUCCCAGUAAGUAAAUUGAACUUUUAUCUCCAGAUGUGAUCAGCUUUGGUUGAAAGAAGGGAUAUAAAAUUCUACCAAAACAUAGCUUCAUCACUCAUCCCUUUUCUAAAAGCACAAAUUAAUCAACCACUUACAUGGAUCUUCAAGAUAUAGCCACUUAUUUUGAAAAUUGGAAAUCUAUUAUUAAGGCCCAUCAUAAAAUGGGCCUCUUUCAAUUUUGUAUACUGUUAGAUUUACAACAGACCAUAUACUCAAUUCUCUAUAGGGAAAAGGUUGGGGAAAAGAUAAUGGAUUUGUAGCACCUGUCUGUUCAGGUGCAGCCAAUUAAAUGUCCCCAAAUUAAUUUGUACCUAGUUAUAUAAUUACAUUCCUGUAAUCAGUACUGGAUGAGUCUCAGAUUAUCAGUCUGGGUAACAAGAUUAUAAAGUCCAACAUUUACACUGAAAGCCAAAACAGUCGCUAUAUUUAUCCAUAAGAUAUUACCAGUUUUAAAGCACUGGCAUCAUGUUCUAGCUGUGUUGAUUAGAAAUACAGUUUCUGUGUAGAAAUGCCGAAUACAGUUUCUGUGGUUUACUGACAAGAUAGUUUAUAGAAAGAUAGUUUAUAGAUAGAAGAUCUCAAACUCUGAUAAACAUGUAUUAAUCAUGAUGACUAACUCUGUAAAUCUUGUCCAAUUCUUGAAUUUGGAUGAGUUUAGAAAAUGGGGCUCCAAAGGGAAAAUUUGAGUAAAACAUUCAGAUAAUUUAUUCAUAUCAUGUUACAGUUCAAAUAUAUAUGUAUUAAUUUUAUCAUUUACAUAUUUUUUUCAUAAAUAUUUAAUAUACCAAACAUGUAUGAUCAGUAAUAAAUGAUUCUACAUUUUACAUGUAUAUAUAUCAGUUUUUACACAGAUUGUCGAUACUUAAUUCCAAAGAAUAUCUAACCACUAAUUAUUUAUGGCCUGUAUUAGUUAGGUUACGAGUGGAGUUUUUUUGGGUGGAUUUUCCAGGUUUUCUGUGGCCUGAUGAGCACAGUUACAGUCUCCUUUCAAGGCUGUAGCUAUAUGUUCAGGUAAUGUAAGUGGGCUGGUAGCUGAGGCAAACGGUGCCUGUAUCCCCUCUGUGGAGACUAGUGCCCUGUAUGUCCGUUCAGUACAGGAACUGCAUCUAAGGUGGUCUGACCUGGGUCAUCUGGGGCAGUCUUCCUCAGUCUCAUGUACCUAUCAGGUGGUACCUCUUGUGAGGAGACAAGUCUUUUUUUUAUCCUUCCAUCCAUAUAACUUGUAUGUCUCAGUCUGUUUUAUUUUAUUGAUUUGGAAUAUUAACCUCUGAUUAUUUUCUAAUGAAACUUAAAAAUCUUCCAUCAUUUGAUAGUUUAAGCAAAACAUGAUCAUCACUUUAUGCAAAGGUCAAGGUGAAGAUGAAGAGUUGAAAGGUCAUAUUGUAAGACUAAUUCACUUCACAAGACAAGACCAUGCUUCAGUGAUUUCCAAGAUACUAAUGUCUUGGCCGACAGAAUAUAUAGAGCCCAAGUGUCAAAAUAGGACAUAUAUAUGGGUUUUUUUUUCAUGACCGUAUACACGUAUCAUAUUUCCAUAACCUGACAAUGCAGAUUUGUAAUCGUUUACAAUAUAUUGGUUGAGAUAUGUAUUGUUAUUUUUAAACAAAGAUACCGCUGUAAGUAGACUUACCUUCAUCAAUCAUUCCAGAUGUUCUUUGGAGCCCCAUUUUCAUCUGAGUGAAUUCUUGAAUUUUAACGACCGGAUGAUGAAUUCUAAAAUCAUUAAUCAGACGACCAACUGUCUCACAAUUGUAUUCUGACUAAAAGUUUCUGUAUAUAUAUAUAUAUAUAUAUAAUAUCACUGCCAAACUUGUCAACUGUUUAGAGAUAGAAAGUAUCUGUCAUAGAUCUGUGUUCAUUAUCAUUAUAAACUCAACAGCAAUAGAGUAUAUAUUGACUGCCUCAACACUUUGAUUUAACAUUAGUAUGUGUUCAGUUCCUGACUCCAUGGAGGGACAUAAUCUGUACCAUGUGACAUUUUGGUCCUAUUAAAGACUAAAAGGUUGCUAUAUAAAUCUCAAAAUGAUAUAAAUUUUAUUAAGAGUUAGCUUUCUGUGAAUCUCUCACCAUUUGUGUACACUAUGCAGAAGAACCUCGUUGGUUUGAACUCUUUGUUUAAUUCAAAUCUAGAGAAUAAAGCAUUUUCCUAAAUGUAAGAGAGCAGAAAUUGGAUGUCCUGAUUACUGAGGUUCUCCUGUGUAAAGGGACUGGAUUACAGAAUCCAUGUUAAAGAGGUCCUCCUGUAGAAUAGUACUAAAGGAGGUUAUAUAAAUUCUUGACACGGUUCGUUGAUUAUAUUGUACAGAUGUAACUGUCAGUCAUGUAGUGUAGAGGUAUUUAACAUUGACAUUGUGUUGUCAUCCCAUUCAUUCAAUUUAAAUAUCAGAUAUUAAGUGAUGAUGAAGCCUGGAGCUUAAAGUCCAUACUAUUGAUAAAGUGAUUUUUGUAUGUACAGUUAAAAAUACCUACUAACGUUUUUUAUCAUCAAUUUAAAUCAAAUUAUGACCAAGUGAUCUUUACUAGAUUUAAGUACAGAGGGAGAUAGGAGAGGUUUGUUUGGAGACCAGAAACAUUCUCCAGACUUUCCUCGUCCGGGAACCUCUCUGUCCGACAGUCGUCUUACCAUGUGAUGGAGACGUCAAUGUUGAAUACUGAUGAUUUGACCACUAGCAAGGUGUGUGUCCAGGAUAUUAUUUUCCCAACAAAUCAGGUUUUAAGGGUUUAUUGAUUCGAUCGUAAGAAUUAUUUCAGUUGUGUUUUUCAUACUGGACUGUAAAUAUAUCAUACUUUAUAUGUAUGGUGUUUGGACAUUUAAAGAUAGAAAAACAAAUUCUAAUCUUAUGGUGUAUGUUCCAAUAUAAAUCAUGUAGUUGCAUGUAUAGGGGUAUGAAAAAAUUAAACAGUAAAAAAAGGUGUUUUAAGAUGUAGGUACAUGUAAAUUAUAUGUAUAGACUUGGUGGUUUGGAAUUUGCCCCCCAGCGGUAUGUGGCAUGCCAUUGUUCAGAAAAAUUACAUUUUGUAUUUUACUGUACAUAACCUACAGCAUAUCUAUAGAUUUACAAAGAAUCAAUAUCUUCAGAGAAAUGUUAUCAAAGCCUAAAAUAUUAAACAAUGUGAAAUUUUAUCAAAGUUAUCGUUACCAUCCUGGUAGUGCCUUACUUGUGAGUUUUAAAUUUGACCUUUGCAAGAUGCAAAACGUUGUCCAGAUCUGGUAUAUUGUGUAUGACCGUGUUCUCUUCCUCUGUAAACCAGGGGAAGACUUGAAUUGAAUCUUGUCACUGUAUUUGAAUUUUGUUUCACUGAACAUGUAUAAUAAUUUGUUUUAUUUUUAUCUAUAAAUUAAAUUUAAUCAGAAAAUAUCAA